AUGACCAUCUUCACCCAACGACGGAGCGCUGCGAAGCCCGAAUCCACGAAGCCGCCACCAUCGUCGAAGCCUCGUGCUAAUCACCACAUGGACGACUACCUAUUUGAUGACAUUAAUUGGCCCGAGGAUGAUGAACUAGAAUCGUGUGAAAUUGAGGACCGCAGUCGUAGCAUUUUCUCGAACAGAGGCAGCGAACUUGAGCAGUGCCGCAACGCAUCCUCCUGGGGAGCCCAGGAAUCCGAGCACUCAUCUACUCCAUCUGCCACUUCUGGCGAGAACUGUGGCGGAGAGGAGAACGUGGAGCAGUACCCCACUGGCCGUAUUGGUUCUGGGGGAUGUCGGUUCUCGAAGGAGGCCCGUAGCAUCCUGAGGACUUGGUAUCAUGAGCAUCGAGAGAAUCCAUAUCCUACGAGCGAGGAAAAGGAUGAACUCGUUAACAUGAGCGGGCUGAAACGCUCGCAGAUAUCGCUGUGGCUGGCCAACACUCGCAGGAAGAACCGAGCACGUGCCAACCAGAAACAGGCAGCUGGUGCACCUACCAAACAGCGCUCGUUCGGAGAAAUGAACCCCCUUGAUCGAUGGAAGGUCACUCCUAUUGAACUCGAAGCCGUUUCUCCACCCGUUAUUUUGGCCGUUUGCGAGGACAAUCAGCUGAAGCUGUUCGAUCCUAUCGACGAAGAAUUUGACUACUAUCCUUCUGCUCUUUUUGGCCCCGAACAGGCCCGUUCGAAGCCUAAUAACUACGACGCUGCGCAUUCGAUUACAACCUUCUCUCACAAUGACUCCUACUUUGCCCAAUCGAUGGCUAGUUAUGAGACGGGAUUGACUAGCACCCUCGGGGGCUCGUCCCUUUCGGAUCAGACGUCCUUCUCGUACUCGUCGCUCAAGCUCCCAUACAGCCACAUCAGUGCCGGAGACCGUCGUCGCCGUAGGGUCAACCCAAGCAAGCCGCCAAAGCCAACUGCCAAAGCAAAGGCUCGCCCAUUUCAAUGCACGUUCUGCCCCGACCCUACAUUCACGACCAAACAUGACUGGCAGCGCCAUGAAAAGUCCCAGCAUUUGAGCCUGGAGACUUGGGUCUGUUGUCUCUCAGGUGGAAUCAUUGAUUCCGCAAUAGGCCCGCUCUGUGCAUUCUGCGAUCUUCCAAACCCAACGAAGCAGCACUUGGAGACGCACAACUUCUCCGCCUGCCAGAUGAAGGAACCGUCAGAGCGAACGUUCUAUCGUAAAGAUCAUUUUCAACAGCAUCUCCGGCUUACCCACGAGUGCAAGAUAAAUGCACGAAUGGAAGCCUGGAAGUCGGAAGUAAGCAACGUCAGGUCUCGCUGCGGCUUCUGCAGUGCUACUUUCACCACAUGGUCUGGUCGCGCGGAGCACCUUGCGUCACACUUCAAGUGUCGAGCGACGAUGAAGGAUUGGGUGGGGGACUGGGGAUUUGAACCGCACGUCGCUGCACUUGUGGAGAACGCACCUUCAGCAGCAUUGCUGCUUGAGCCUCUUGGUAGCUUCCACUCCACACCCAAGAUCUCUGCGUUUGAUGCUUCACACAUGCCUCCGCCACCACUAUUCUCGGAUAUGCCUGUGGUAGAUAUGUCUACGAACAACUACCAAUUCGGCGCUACGGAAUAUUAUGCUGCUCCAUUCAUAGAUUUCAAUACCAACGUUCACGUAGCGAACACUGCGAUGAACUUCCCCGAUACGGGAAUGAUGGGGUACGAUGCCACUGAUGCAGUUGACUGGGCGCAAUUCGCCCCCUGA